GAUGUCCCCGGCGGCGGUUCAAUGUUCGAUCGAUACACGCUGAGUGCCUGUUUUGACGAUGCGGAUGCAGUCGUCUCUGUGGCAAAGAUGAAAAACCACGCUUUCAUGGGCAUCACCUUGUGCACCAAGAACCUGUUCGGGUUGCCACCGAUGCUGCUCCCAGAAGGCAGGACACGCAGUUAUUACCAUCAUCUCAUCCGGCUCUCCUAUGUGCUCCCGGACCUGGCACUCAUCACGAAGCCGUGCCUCAAUAUCAUUGAUGCGUUGACGGGACAGUGGGGACGCGAAUGGGGCGGUGUCGGCAGAAUCUGUAACGCACUCAUCGCGGGGGAUCAUCCGAUUUCCACUGACACCGUUGGUAUGCACCUGAUGGGACACGAUCCGCAGUCCGAUUGGCCCACACCUCCCUUCAAACGCGAUCGGAACCAUAUCCUCAUCGCAGCACAGCGCGGAUACGGCACUGUCAACUUGGAUGAGAUCGAUUGGGAGAGUGAAGUCAAGGCACCGUUGGCGGAAUUCGAUUCUGUCGAAACAGAUACGUCAGAGACGGUCGCUAACUGGCGGCGAACGACGUGUGAACAGGGAUUAGUCUAUCAAGAAAACCAAAAGGACCUGAUUGAUCGGUAUCGGAACAACUUCAUUUACAUGCAAGGUGGCGAAGUCGUUUGGAGUGGACCGGAUCCAUCAAAUCUCGGCAGCCGUCGACAGUUGAGCGGUGACAAGAAGGAUAGCGCGCUUUGGCUCAAACUUGUCGAUGCUGAAGAGCAUGAAGGCGAACAUUUUAACGUCUAUGAGGACUGCCUAAAACCCUUUGCUGCGUAAGCACCAUAACCCGCGCUGGCGAGGUUUCCGAUUUUCUGUUGAUAUUUCGCUGGCGAGGUUUCCAGCCUCGCCUACUAAAGGAGAAAGCAAAAUGGGUAUCACCGAGGCGCAGAAGAAGCAGUUGGACGAGCAGGGAUGCAUCGUCAUUCCAGACGUGCUUUCCGACGAGGAAAUUGAGGUAUAUCGGGCAGAUAUACUCCGCUUGGCAGAGGAAGAGAAGCAGAACGGGUUAGCGCGUCAACACACCGACGGGUACGGCCAGCUUGUCCGCUGGUUAGUCAACAAAGGCGAGAUGUACGAGCAACUGGUCGCCCGCCCCAAGGUGAUGCCCUACUUUGAACAUCUGCUCGGUCC